AUGUCGGCCAGCACUAUCAUCCCUCGCCAAAGACGCCUCCUCACCAGCUCUUCAACAAGUUUCCCAACCGCCUCCCAAUUCAACAGAUCGGACUUUACAAGCCAGCCAUUUACUGGUAGCUAUGAGCCUGGUCUCCCGACGACCGGGCCGUUGGCUUCGACCCCGGCCUUUGGCGCUCCCCGCAUUACCCCCAGGGUCCUAAAGCAAUAUCUCGACCAGUUUGUGGUGGGGCAGGAUCGCGCGAAGAAAGUGUUAAGUGUGGCAGUAUAUAAUCAUUAUCAGAGGGUGCAAGAGCUUCAAAGACGAGAGGAAGAAGCAGAAGAGCUCCAGGCGAAGCGUCAACGGAGGGAGGCUUUUGAAAGUCACCCCUUAGACGAUGAACUCCCUGGUCAACAGCGUACCGUUGGUCUUCCGUCGACCCCAAAAUCCCGCCAAGCGACUACACCUCUAGAUCGGGGUGAGCUGGUGGACAACUCGCCAUUACAAUUAGACAAGUCCAAUAUCUUGCUUCUUGGACCAUCGGGUGUCGGCAAGACUCUUAUGGCCAAGACACUUGCACGAGUGUUGUCGGUUCCGUUCAGUAUUUCUGACUGCACCCCGUUUACACAGGCUGGUUACAUUGGCGAAGAUGCCGAGACGUGUGUCCACCGGCUGCUGGCGGCUGCGAACUAUGAUGUUGAACAAGCCGAGCGCGGGAUUAUCGUUCUAGACGAAAUCGAUAAAAUUGCCGCCGCUAAAGUCAGCCACGGGAAAGAUGUUGGCGGGGAAGGAGUGCAACAGGCGCUUUUGAAGAUCAUCGAAGGCACAACUGUCCAGGUUCAAGCCAAGCCAGAGAAGAACCCUCGCUCGACGAGUCCACCCAAUUCCUAUCCAUCCAACAGCCCUCUGGGGAAUACGCCAUUCCAGCCUCACAACAGCCAACCAGCUGCCAAAGGGGAAGUCUAUAAUGUACGUACGGACAACAUCCUCUUCAUCUUCUCUGGCGCCUUUGUGGGUUUACACAAAGUGGUCAUGGAUCGGAUAUCCAAAGGGUCAAUGGGAUUUGGUCAGCCCGUUCGAGCAGCGCCAAGUCCGAGCGACCGGCCAGGCCCAUCCGCAUCCUCCUCAACGGAGCCUCUCCCGAUUCGUCCAGGCUCUGAGGAGGAGGCACUAUACAAGAAGCAUCUUCCAUUUUUCACAUCCGCAUCUCCUUCCGGACCAGGAAGUGAACCCAAUUAUUUCAACGCAUUGGACCUCUUGAAUCCUACCGACUUGCAAACCUAUGGGUUCAUUCCCGAGCUCAUUGGGCGAAUUCCCGUCACCGCCGCAUUGUCCACAUUGACCCAACCCUUGCUUCUGCGUAUUCUCACCGAGCCCCGUAACUCCCUGCUGGCCCAGUAUGCUACCCUCUUCUCACUUUCCGGCAUUGAGCUGCGAUUCACUACACCCGCUUUACAUAAGAUCGCAGCAAAUGGCUUCACAAUGGGAACUGGCGCUCGAGCUUUACGCACCGAAAUGGAGACUAUUCUUAGCGACCCCAUGUUCGAAGCACCCGGAUCAAGCGUCAAAUUUGUUCUCGUGACCGAAGCGGUGGCUGAUCGGAAAGAGAAACCGAUCUACCUCGCCCGCGGCCAAGGAGGCAAAUUUCACGCAAUGAUAUCCGCCGAAGAGAGUAAAUGGGAAGAGAAGACAGGAUACGACAAGAAAGCCAAGCAGAAGAAGGAAAAAGUGGAUGGCGAUGAUAACCCCGAGCAUGCAGCGAAUUUCCAGGAGUAUCGGAAGCGGGCUCUAGGUUAA